AUGGAAACCGGCAGCCCCAGAAAGAUCCAAUUCACUGUCCCUCUACUGGACACCCACCUGGACCCAGAGGCAGCUGAACAGAUUCGGAGACGUCGACCAACACCUGCAACUUUAGUGGCAUCCAGCGAUCAGUCAUCACCAGAAAUAGACGAAGACCGUCUCCCUAACCAGCUGUACAAGGCUGCUUUGUUAAACUCUCCUCGACAACGAAGAAAAGGACAAAAGGGAACGCCUACCAUGAAAGAGCUGCAGUUUCUAGUGGAGCAUCACCUGUACAGACAGCAGCAAGGGGGCACUGACGAGUGCUCCUCCGAGAGCUGCCUGUCGGACCGGCCCAGCCCCGAAACGGCCGUCCCAGGAGAGGAGCUCCCAAUGGAUGACGAGGCCACCGCCGAGGCCUUUGAAAAGCUGCGCUGUCAAAUGGAGGCGUUCUCCAGGGAAAGUCUGUCAGAAGCGGCUGUCGGCGGGUCGCAGCGACCCCUCUCGAAGGAGGAAGACGAUCGCUCCGGGGUGGCUUUGUCAGAUUCGUCAUUGCAGCACAACAACGUGCAUGAAGACACAAAAGCGGCGGCGUUCAGCAGCAGUCAGCCAGCCGACGACAAAACAAAAAACGUCGGCCCGGGGACGGAAAAUAAAUAUUGA